AUGUGGACGUCACUCGCUGGUCUGACCAUGUGGACGUCCCUCGCUGUUCUGACCAUGUGGACGUCACUCGCUGCUCUGACCAUGUGGACGUCACUCGCUGAUCUGACCAUGUGGACGUCACUCGCUGCUCUGACCAUGUGGACGUCACUCGCUGAUCUGACCAUGUGGACGUCACUCUGCUCUGACCAUGUGGACGUCACUCGCUGGUCUGACCAUGUGGACGUCCCUCGCUACUCUGACCAUGUGGACGUCACUCGCUGCUCUGACCAUGUGGACGUCACUCGCUGCUCUGACCAUGUGGACGUCACUCGCUGGUCUGACCAUGUGGACGUCACUCUGCUCUGA